AAUAGCAUUAUUGUUAAGGGAAUUGGGUCACCUCACCUGGCACCGGUAUACAGCCCUCACCGCUCUCUCACACAACACACACUAAAUACUCUACUUUAGAGAGAGAAAAAAAAGGUCUUGAUCGCUGCACUUGGCGGCCGAAACCCUAAUCUACGCUCCGAUCACCACCUUAUCAUUCGUUGAUUCUUAUUCCAAUUCGCCCUCUAUUCUCAAUCUAUUUUGCUUCUUUCUGUGUCUUCCUUUAAUGGUGUCGGACAGCUCGCCCCCUUCCGGAGACGCCGUCCCCAACGGCGGCGGGGUCAGCAGUCCCCAAUCACGCCGGCGGAGCCUCCACUCUCCGUGGGCUUCGGUUGUCCGCGGAGAUUCCGAGCAGAACUCCUCCCCCACUGCCGCCGCCGCGGCCACCUCGCCUGGUUCUUCGUCUUCUCCUCCGGCGGAGGAGGCUUCCGCCUUGGAUAACUCUUUGAUUGAGACUUCGGGCUCAGAACCCCACCCGGAAAACUCUGAGAAUAACGGCGACAGCAAUGCUGGUGGCCCGAGGAGGCCGGCUUGGAACAGGCCGCUGAACGGCGUUGCUGAGCCCGCUUCUGUUAUGGGUGGCGCCGUCUCUUGGCCCACGCUCUCGGAGACCACCCGGCCUGUUCAGAGAUCGUCGUCGGAUGCUUCUAGGCCCGUCUCUGAUGGAUCAGCCCCUUCGUCGCAGGUUAAUGCUCCUAUAAUAUCGCAACCUCCUCAACGAUCAGCUCAUAGUAGUGCACAUGGUAAUCAUGGUAAUUCCGGGGGAAAUAAUCCAAAUCCUGCUAGAAUAAGAAGGAAUCAUCGUGGUGGCAGUGGCGGUGGUGGGGGUGGGGGUGGUGGAGGUAGCUCCUCAGGGAGUGGACCAUCUCAGGGUACUUUUAAUCAGCCCUCUCUCCCAAUGCCACCACCAUUUCCUGUUUUUGAAGUACCGUUUGGGAUGAUUCCUGCUGUUCUAGAUAAUUCUGUUAGAGGUCCAAGACCUAUGGGAGGAGUUGGGGCCUCACAGUCACCUACUGGCAAUGACCAUUCUAAUCAGAGGAGUAAUUCAAGGAGGAAUAACUAUGGCCCCCGUCCUCGCGGAGAUGGACAGUACCACAACAACCAUGGAGGAAGGCGUGAUCAAGAUCGCAGAGAAGUUCAUCAUCCCCCUCAGUAUGCUCCCCCUCCCAUGGGAUAUAUGCCACCUCCACUGCCACCUGGUGCUGCCCCGUUUAUGGCACCCCCACCCAUGAGAGUUUUCCCUGGUCAAAUGGGCUUUGAUAUGACGACUCCUUUUAUCUAUGUGCCACCUAUGCCACCAGAGUCUUUUAGGGCUAUGCCCAUUGUCCCUCCUCUGCAGCCAAUGAUUUUCCCUCCUGCUAACGAGAAUCCAUUAACAAAUAUGAUUGUCAAGCAAAUAGACUUUUACUUCAGCGAUGAUAAUUUGGUGAAAGAUAGCUAUUUGAGGUCUAAGAUGGACGAUCAUGGCUGGGUGCCCGUUUCUGAGAUAGCCACAUUUCGGCGAGUUCAGCUUUUAACAAACGACAUCCCUUUGAUUUUGGAGUCCUUGAGACAUUCUAUGGUUGUGGAAAUACAGGAUGACAAGGUUAGGAAGCGUAAUGACUGGAGUAAGUUUUUACUUUCGACUGGUGUCGUCAAUUCUGAUUCUGGCUCCGGCGCCUCAAGUUCAGCUCCGGAAAAUGUUCUGGCAACCUCAUUACAAGAGGUCUCACUGGGUGAUGCCAUAGUCCAUGCGAAUGGCAAUGUUGAUGCGAGGGCAGGUCACAUGGAAAUGGCUGCUGGUCAGUUACCUGCGGAUUCAACUAACCAGUCUGGGUUAGCGAAUGGAGAUAACACUGAUGAAGACCAUUCGAGUAGCUCGUGACAUGUUCUUCAACGAAAGUUUUGCACAGCCAAGCACGAGGAGAGGGAUGACGGAGUAUUUGUAAUUUAUCAGACACAAGAAGGAUUGGAGAAGAAUACGGAGCUGACCUAGUUUAUCUCACCACAUGGACAACUGUUUGUACUUGUCCUGUUCACUAGUUGAUUUUUGGAAGCAACCAGGAGAGACGAUAUAAGGUGCACUUUCUUCAGUACACGGGCAUUACGAAAACAAAAAAAAAAAUAUUGGUUUCUUUGCCCAACAUGAGAGUGAAGCUCUGCAUGGUUUUGGUUGAUACUUGCAAUGCCUCUUGAAUACCAUUAUGAUAUGUGCUCUUCACUCAUUUUUGAAUAUUCUUGCUACUAAUUCGCUUCCAUCGAAUUUGCUUCCUACAUUUUGGGGCAUAUCAUAAUAUGCACAUCUCAAGUCCAAGUAUAGGGCACUUGUGACAGAUGUGUUUUUAUGUCGAUUGAAUGCUGCUGGUGUAAGAUUAUUUUGUCACUGGAUGUGCAUGAAUGUUAUACUCACUCCAUGAUUGCUUCA